UCAUUGCUGAUUCCUUCCUUUUUCUAGCCAUUUGUUCUUCUAACUCAUUUGGAGGGAGCUAUGAGUGAAAAAAACGAGAAACCAUGAUCAAAGUCUCUUCCUGCACUUAUCUCUUUCAUUCUGGAACAAAAGAUCAAAUGACUUUCAAUGCCACUUGAAUAGAGGACACAGGUGAAAUUGACAAGAAUCCUGCCACUUUCUCCUUCUAGCCCAAGGGACAGGAAAAUGUUUCUGAGCAUGUCUGCUAUGAAACUCCACAUCGCAAGUAUUCUUACCUCUUCCCACUUGGAACAGCCCCCAGACCGGCAGGGCCUACUUUAUAAGAAAAGUAACCGCACCGCUUCCUACCAGCCCUGCUGGUGUGAGCUCCGAGGAAAUCUUCUUUUCUGCCGGGAGCAGCCAGGAGACCGAGCUCCUUUUCAGCUCAUUGUUUUAGAAGGCUGCAUAGUGGAAUUGCAGGAAUCCUCAUCUGAGCCACAUACCUUUAAAAUCUGCUACCCCAAUGAUUUGCCUGAUCAGUCCUAUAAGAUGGCAGCUGAGAAUCAAGAAACCAUGGAAGAUUGGGUACGAGCUCUGAGCACAGCAGGAUUUGAGUACCUCCGAGCUCUGGUCGCUGAGCUAGAAGGGCAAUUUCACAGGUUGAAGAGCCAACAGUACUCUACGGAAGAAGCAAGAUAUAAGGCAAUAGACCUUACACUGCCAUCUUCAAAACUGGCCGAACAAAGGAGAUUCUGUCACAUGGAAUUUGCUUGCCUCCAUCAGGAAUUUGGGAAGGCUGUUAUAAGGCUUAGGCAACAGUGGCAGGAGGGAAAGGGUAAGCAGAUCCCAGAAAGUGAGAGCUUGAUACAUUUUGAAUAGGACAAUCGGUAAUCCCAAGCAUUUGGCUGUAACCAAUGAAUUUGGGGACACCUAAAGUUUCUGGGGAGUUGGUAUCUGUGAAAAAUGUAAGUUUUGUUUUAAAAGAUUCCUUUUUUAAAAAAAAAUGCUUUUAAUAAAUGCGUAUUUAAAGGAAG